AUGAUAAAUGAGAGUCAGUUUGAGGGUUCCUACUUCGUACAGUACAUACGAAGUAUCUGGCCCGUCGGGUCGGUGUUGGCCGGGAUUCGGAAGAUUGAACCGAAGAGUCGCGAGCGAUUCGCAGUUGCCGAGACUGGCGAAGUGCAUCUGGUAUCCCGUUUGGCCGAGACAAGACGCGAUAUUUGCGGUACGGGAAAGCGUUCUUCCAAGAGGGGACAUAAUGACUCGAACUGGCAAAAUGAACUUGAAUUGAGGAACUCCGCACACCCGAGACUGAACCGCCGCUGUAACACGGCGAGUCAUCCAUCACUUCACGGUAUCCCUACUGUAGGGCUACUAUAG